AAACCAAAGUGGACCAUCAUAAGUUUGGGAGAUUUCAUCGUUUUUUUCGGCCAUUGGGUUAAAUUCACCAUACAAAACCGCCCAAAUCAACCAUCAAAAAACUGGUGCGGCUUAACAUUCUUAUCUGGUAAUUACUGUCAAUAUCUUUAUUUGAGGACUCGUAAGUAUAUUGUAAUAUAACUUUUCAUCUUGAAAUAUCAGCAUUUGAGGUAUUCCGGUUUAUUAAACUCUAUUGGAAAGAAGUCUCUGAAUGAAAUAUCCCGUUGCAAAUGUAUGUGCAGAGUGUGGUACGGGCAUUGAUUUAUUUGUCAUUAAGUAUGUGGCUGUAAAGCUUUUUUCAAACAAACAAGAAGCAUUUUAACAGGGUAUAUCGCUCGAAUGUUUUGCCAAAGCCGGACCUGAACCAAGUACUACAUCAUUCGUCAAACCUCUAGAGCCAUAAAUUCAAUAGUGGGUGGUGUGACCUAAGGUACGUGGAACACUCAGCCAGACGGUUGUAAGUAACACACAGUAUUUUGCGCGCUACAAGCAUGUCACAUGUCAAUAGUCGUUGUCCAUCAUAUUUUGGGAACUAGCUAGUUCCAUCAUUCAAAGUGGACGCCCAACAGACCUAACAAGCCUAAUCUAGGUGAUCGAAUCUACAGCAAUGGCUGCCCACAACAUUUUUUAAUAAACUUAUCUCAAAGCAAUGGAGAAAAGUAAAUAUUUAAGUAAGUUAUUGAAAUUAUUUUCAUUGUUCAUUAUCCUUUUAUUGUAUACUAGCGAGAACGCGACAUGCGUUGCAAUGCCACCCUAAGAAAGAAAGUGUUUGUGUUUUAAUAAUGUUUUUUGAAGUUCUUUUUAUAUGAUCGGGUGAUUCGAUUGUCCUUGUCAAUCUUCGACGGAAGAGCAAUAAAUAACUUAAACCUACAUAUUAGUAAAACGUCCUUACAUCAUCAUAACAGAAGGUCUACAGGAGACAAUUUAAAAACAGAUUUCAGAGAGUGAUUGUGGAUUGCAUAAGCUCACAAGAUGAUACAUAUACAGUCUGCAACAGAAAAUGUCAAUUACAAAUUGAAAGAGCUAAAAUUAGACCAAGGCCAAGGCACGCUACCCUUUUUCUUCAUCCGGUAGAACACGGUUCUACCUACGAAUUUCACAACACCAGAUUAUUGGAUGAAAUGAAAUGAACACAUCUGGAAGGAAUCAGAAUAUAUGGAUACAGUGCAAAAGAUCGCUAGAAAGUAUUUAAAAAAGAGAAGCUACUACUUUACUUGGUGAAGAGAACAUGUCCAUUUGCUGUAAAGAAGACAAAGACAGAAAGAGUUUUUAGGAAUGAUGUGCAGUGUAUCAAAUCAACGUUGAUGGAGUAUAAAAUAUCGAUUUUAUUACCAAAAAUUAGGCGUGUGUCCAUCUAUUUCCACCUAUUUCCACCUAUUUCCACCUAUGUCCAUCUAUGUCUGCAAAUGUCUAUUUAUCUCUGCCUAUGUCAAUCUAUGUCUACCUAUGUCCAUCUAUGUCUACCUAUGUCUAUCUAAGUCUAUCUAUGUCAACCUAUGUCCAUCUAUGUCUACUUAUGUCCAUAUAUGUCUACCUAUGUCCAUCUAUGUCUAACUAUGCCCAUUUAUGUCUACCUAUGUCUAUCUAAGUCUAUCUAAGUCUAUCUAUGUCAACCUAUGUCCGUCUAUGUCUGCCUAUGUCCAUCUAUGUCUACAUAUGUCCAUCUAUGUCUACCUAUGUCGCUCUAUGUCUACCUAUGUCUAUCUAAGUCUAUCUAUGUCAACCUAUGUCCAUCUAUGUCUACUUAUGUCCAUCUAUGUCUACCUAUGUCCAUCUAUGUCUAACUAUUCCCAUUUAUGUCUACCUAUGUCUAUCUAAGUCUAUCUAAGUCUAUCUAAGUCUAUCUAUGUCAACCUAUGUCCGUCUAUGUCUGCCUAUGUCCAUCUAUGUCUACCUAUGUCCAUCUAUGUCUACCUAUGUCCAUCUAUGUCUACAAAUGUCUAUCUAUGCUUGCCUAUGUCCAUCUGUGUACCUAUGUCCAUCUAUAUCUGCCUAUAUCAAUCAAUGUCUACCUAUGUCCAUCUAUGUCUACGUAUGUCCAUCUGUGUCUACCUAUGUCCAUCUAUGUCUAACUAUGUCCAUCUAUGUCUACCUAUGUCUAUCUAAGUCUAUUUAUGUAAACCUAUGUCCAUCUAUGUCUACUUAUGUCAAUCUAUUUCUACCUAUGUCCAUCUAUUUCUGCCUAUUUUCAUCUAUGUCCAUCUAUGUCCACCUAUGUCCAUCUAGGUCUACCUAUGUCAAUGUAUGCCAACCUAUGUUCACCUUUCUCCACCUAUGUACAUCUAUGUCCACCUAUGUCCAUCUAUGUCUGCCUAUGUCCAUCUAUGUCUAUCUAUCUCCAUCUAUGUCUGCCUAUGAUCAUCUAUGUCUACCUAUGUCCACCUAUAUCUACUUAUGUCCAUCUAUGUCCAUCCAUGUCUGCCUAUGUCCAUCUAUGUCUACUCAUGUCCAUCUAUGUUUUACUUAUGUACAUCUAUGUCCAUCUAUGUCCACUUAUGUACAUCUAUGUCCACCUAUGUCCAUCUAUGUCUGCCUAUAUCCACCUGUGUCGAUGUAUGUCUAUCUAUUUCCAACUAUGUCCAUCUAUGUCCACCUAUGUCCGCCUAUGUUCACCAAAGUGCAGCGAUGUCUACCUAUGUCCGCCUAUGAACAUCUAUGUCCACCUUUUUUCACUAAAGUCCAUCUAUGUCCAUCUAUGCCGACCUAUUUCCUCCUUUGUCCAUCUUUGUCCAUCUGUGUCCAGCUAUGUCCGCCUAUGUCCAUCUAUGUCCAACUAUGUCAGCCUAUGUCCACCAAUGUCCACCAAUACAGAGUAUAGAAAUAGACCUAAAACGAUUUAAAAAAUUGGUAAUCACAAUGAAAUGACGGAAUCAUUUCAAACCAUAAUUGGGUCGUUAUUGAGUGUUACGAAUUUUCACAGGCUGAAUUAAAGAUAUCGUUCCUCUGUCCGACAUCAAACUCUCAAAGAAAAUGUUUGAAAUUACCAGAAGCCUAUAUGUUCUCCCACUUCUUGUAGUAAUGAGCUACCAACCUGGUAAGGGUUUCAAGAAAUAACAGUUUAUUUGUUUACGUUUGUCAAAUAUUUAAAUCAUUUUUAACUGACAGUUAUACUGAUUUCUCUUCAAUGUGUUGCUAUUUUUUUAAAUAAAUAUUAAUGUUUAGAAGAUCUCAGAAAUAAAAUAAAAAAAUAUAUAUACUUUACUGCUUUUUAAAGUUUUGGUUAAAAAUUGGCUCAAGUGAAGUUAUUUGGGAGAAGAUGUUGAAAGUAGUCAAGAAAAGACACAGUAUAAAUAUUACUAAUUUAUUUGCAACAAUGGCUUUUAUUUUCUCGUUUCCCACUUAGUUUGCAGCUUUGAUGUUGAUACAACUAGAGUCUUUCUUGAACCGGUCAUGUAUAAAAAGAGUUGCAGAAAUGGAAUGGUGGCGAAUCAAGACUAUUUCGUCGUAAAAGGUCUUGUCAACAUCAGCAACAUUGACGAAGGUGGUAAGGGCUUGAUGUCGGUUUUUUAUUGGGAUCGAAGGAUGAAGGGCAACGUAUGGGUAAGUAGCUUAUUAUAACAAAUGUUUAAAAACAGUAACCAAACAUGUUAUUCUAAAGUGUAAUUUCCUGCUUCACAAUUUUUUGGGCAUCUUUCCAAUCUUUAUGAGACGAUGGAGUAGAUUAUUGACACUUUCUUAAAUGGCUCAUGAGACGAUGGAGUAGAUUAUUGUCACUUUCUUGAAUGGCUCAUGAGAUGAUGGAGUAGAUUAUUGACGCUUUCUUGAAUGGCUCAUGAGACGAUGGAGUAGAUUAUUGACACUUUCUUGAAUGGCUAUUGAGACGAUGGAGUAGAUUAUUGCCACUUUCUUGAAUGGCUCAUGAGAUGAUGGAGUAGAUUAUUGACGCUUUCUUGAAUGGCUCAUGAGACGAUGGAGUAGAUUAUUGACACUUUCUUGAAUGGCUAUUGAGACGAUGGAGUAGAUUAUUGACACUUUCUUGAAUGGCUCAUGAGAUGAUGGAGUAGAUUAUUGACGCUUUCUUGAAUGGCUCAUGAGACGAUGGAGUAGAUUAUUGACGCUUUCUUGAAUGGCUCAUGAGACGAUGGAGUAGAUUAUUGACACUUUCUUGAAUGGCUAUUGAGACGAUGGAGUAGAUUAUUGACACUUUCUUGAAUGGCUCAUGAGACGAUGGAGUAGAUUAUUGACACUUUCUUGAAUGGCUCAUGAGACGAUGGAGUAGAUUAUUGACACUUUCUUGAAUGGCUCAUGAGACGAUGGAGUAGAUUAUUGACACUUUCUUGAAUGGCUCAUGAGACGAUGGAGUAGAUUAUUGACACUUUCUUGAAUGGCUAUUGAGACGAUGGAGUAGAUUAUUGACACUUUCUUGAAUGGCUAUUGAGACGAUGGAGUAGAUUAUUGACACUUUCUUGAAUGGCUCAUGAGACGAUGGAGUAGAUUAUUGACACUUUCUUGAAUGGCCCAUGAGACGAUGGAGUAGAUUAUUGACGCUUUCUUGAAUGGCUCAUGAGACGAUAGAGUAGAUUAUUGACACUUUCUUGAAUGGCUAUUGAGACGAUGGAGUAGAUUAUUGACGCUUUCUUGAAUGGCUCAUGAGACGAUGGAGUAGAUUAUUGACACUUUCUUGAAUGGCUAUUGAGACGAUGGAGUAGAUUAUUGACACUUUCUUGAAUGGCUCAUGAGACGAUGGAGUAGAUUAUUGACACUUUCUUGAAUGGCUCAUGAGACGAUGGAGUAGAUUAUUGACACUUUCUUGAAUGGCUCAUGAGACGAUGGAGUAGAUUAUUGACACUUUCUUGAAUGGCUCAUGAGACGAUGGAGUAGAUUAUUGACACUUUCUUGAAUGGCUCAUGAGACGAUGGAGUAGAUUAUUGACACUUUCUUGAAUGGCUCAUGAGACGAUGGAGUAGAUUAUUGACACUUUCUUGAAUGGCUCAUGAGACGAUGGAGUAGAUUAUUGACACUUUCUUGAAUGGCUCAUGAGACGAUGGAGUAGAUUAUUGACACUUUCUUGAAUGGCUCAUGAGACGAUGGAGUAGAUUAUUGACACUUUCUUGAAUGGCUCAUGAGACGAUGGAGUAGAUUAUUGACACUUUCUUGAAUGGCUCAUGAGACGAUGGAGUAGAUUAUUGACACUUUCUUGAAUGGCUCAUGAGACGAUGGAGUAGAUUAUUGACACUUUCUUGAAUGGCUCAUGAGACGAUGGAGUAGAUUAUUGACACUUUCUUGAAUGGCUCAUGAGACGAUGGAGUAGAUUAUUGACACUUUCUUGAAUGGCUCAUGAGACGAUGGAGUAGAUUAUUGACACUUUCUUGAAUGGCUCAUGAGACGAUGGAGUAGAUUAUUGACACUUUCUUGAAUGGCUCAUGAGACGAUGGAGUAGAUUAUUGACACUUUCUUGAAUGGCUCAUGAGACGAUGGAGUAGAUUAUUGACACUUUCUUGAAUGGCUCAUGAGACGAUGGAGUAGAUUAUUGACACUUUCUUGAAUGGCUCAUGAGACGAUGGAGUAGAUUAUUGACACUUUCUUGAAUGGCUCAUGAGACGAUGGAGUAGAUUAUUGACACUUUCUUGAAUGGCUCAUGAGACGAUGGAGUAGAUUAUUGACGCUUUCUUGAAUGGCUCAUGAGACGAUGGAGUAGAUUAUUGACACUUUCUUGAAUGGCUAUUGAGACGAUGGAGUAGAUUAUUGACACUUUCUUGAAUGGCUCAUGAGACGAUGGAGUAGAUUAUUGACACUUUCUUGAAUGGCUCAUGAGACGAUGGAGUAGAUUAUUGACGCUUUCUUGAAUGGCUCAUGAGACGAUGGAGUAGAUUAUUGACGCUUUCUUGAAUGGCUCAUGAGACGAAUGAGUACAUUAUUGACACUUUCUUGAAUGGCUCAUGAGACGAUGAAGUAGAUUAUUGACACUUUCUUGAAUGGCUAUUGAGACGAUGGAGUAGAUUAUUGACGCUUUCUUGAAUGGCUAUUGAGAUGAUGGAGUAGAUUAUUGACACUUUCUUGAAUGGCUCAUGAGAUGAAGGAGUAGAUUAUUGACACUUUCUUGAAUGGCUCAUGAGAUGAUGAAGUAGAUUAUUGACGCUUUCUUGAAUGGCUCAUGAGACGAUGGAGUAGAUGAUUGGCACUUUCUUGAAUGGCUCAUGAGACGAUUGAGUAGAUUAUUUACGCUUUCUUGAAUGGCUCAUGAGACGAUGGAGUAGAUUAUUGACACUUUCUUGAAUGGCUCAUGAGACGAUGGAGUAGAUUAUUGACGCUUUCUUGAAUCGCUCAUAAGAUUUUGGAAUAGCGUAUUGCCAAUUUUUUUGAAUGGCUCAUGAGACGAUGGAAAAGCGUAUUGAAAAUGUAUUGAUUGCCUCUUUAGAUGAUAGAGUAGCUAGGUGACAUUUUCUCGAUUGCCCUUUAUGAGACCAGUUUUGAAAUGGCAGUCACAGUUGCACUUCUCGGAGUAGAACGUUGCACGCUGCCUAGUCGAUCCUUGCCGUCCGUAAAAGAUCUCUCGUUCUUUCACACCAGACCCCAAUGAAAAUGUCUUUCUCACCCCCUCAUAUGUCUCACCUGGGGGGGGGGGGAGGGGGGACAAAAUUUUACUACUCAAGGCUUGAUGCAAAACGUAAAAGAUCUCUCGUUCUUUCACACCAGACCCCAAUGAAAAUGUCUUUCUCACCCCCUCAUAUGUCUCACCUGGGGGGGGGGGGGGGAGGACAAAAUUUUACUACUCAAGGCUUGAUGCAAAGUUGUACCACCACUUUGCUCCCUGUCAUUUAAGAACAACUUGCCCCCUUCCCUAAAAGAGGAAUCAUUAGAUCCUACUACUCCCGAAUGCCAAACCAGUUUACAGUCUUUGUUGCUGUCCUUAUCUCCCUUUGGUCUUUGUUAGAUAGCUCCCUGUCAGCAUCCGGGACCUAAAAAAAGGAGGUCAUUUCCCAUACGAGGGACGUGUCCCCUGAUUCCAGAAUUUCGUCAUCCCAUAAGACGAACCAUUGCUACCACAAUUACAGUGGUUAUAUCACAUGACUCAAGAAUAGUAGAGAUAAAAUUGUAAAAUUAACAUCAAACUUCUGUAUUUUUUAUUUUAAAAAAAUUGUCAAAGUCGAAUACAUUUUGCACUUUAAAACCAUUCUUAAUUGUAAGAAAAUAUGUUUUAUUACAAAAAUUGUGGCAUUAUCUUUUCGAAAGUUUACUUUUGACAUUUUACAUGCGAUAAUUCACUUUCGAUAUUUUACUGUGAACGUUUUACAUUUUACAUUGUAAAUAUUUUUUUUUUUAUAAUUGUUAAAGAAAAUACUUUUGUGGCCGUGGAAUUUAAUGAUGCUGUGUUAUGUAAUCAAUCGUCAGGAGGAGAUUAAGUUUUAUAUUUAUAAUCGGAUCAUCAUCUUCAUGUCUCUUAGUCCUUGGACUGUUGGGGCGCCACAGAUGACAUGAAAACUAUCCUCAUGUAUUCGUCUCUGUUUUCUGCACUUCGCACAGUAUAGCCUGGUUUUAGUCCCGUCCUCUAUUUGAUGCUAUCUUCCCGUCUUUUUCUUUGUCACACUCUUCUUCUCCCUCCUCUCGUUUUGCCCUGCAUUAUUUCUUUGUUGAGCCAAUGUUUCUUUUUCACGUGUCCGUUGUAGUUUGCGCAUUUUUACAGUCACCAGGAGGUCAUUGUGCUGCAAAAUUGGCCGACAAAUCCUUUCUUUCCAUUGGAUCAGUCUUCAUUAAAUCUAGCUAAAGACAGACAGGAAUCAUUUGAACUAAGAAAUUAGACAUAUCACCGAAAUGAAUUGAAUUGAAUAUUUAUAUAGCACUUGUAUCCAUGCUACUUUAGCAUGCUCCAUAGCGCUCCAUAGCGCUCCAUAGUGCUCCAUAGUGCUCCAUAUCGCUCCAUAGCGCUCCAUAGCGCUCCAUAGCGUUCCAUAGUGCUCCAUAGUUCUCCAUAGUGCUCCAUAGCGCUCCAUAGUGCUUCAUAGUGCUCCAUAGCGCUCCAUUGUGCUCCAUAGCGCUCCAUAGUGCUCCAUAGUGCUCCAUAGCGCUCGAUGUUCUUAAAUCUAUUCAAAUUCAAAACGUUUUUUAAUGUUUCUUAAAUGACUUUUUAUCAUUUUCAAUUUCCAUCAAAGAUUGGGGCAAACUGUUCCAUAAUUUUGGUACUAUCGCUUCAAAGAAGCGCACUCCAUAUGACUUUUGUCUGUGUUCCUCCCCACUUGAAACUCUCAGUAAGGACUGUGUUGAAGACCGCACGGUGUCCAUCCACACUGGGAACUCCCAGUAAGGACUGUGUUGAAGACCGCAUUGUGUCCAUCCACACUGGGAACUCCCAGUAAGGACUGUGUUGAAGACCGCAUUGUGUCCAUCCACACUGGGAACUCCCAGUAAGGACUGUGUUGAAGACCACAGGUUCUUUAAGGAUACGUGUUUAGAAAUGAGUUCUUUAAGAUAUUCCGGUGCAGAGCCUUCUAUACAGCUGUACGGCAGGGACAGAACUUUGUAGUCAAUGCGCUGUCUUACAUGAAGCCAAUGUAUUUCCCUAAGAACUGUGGUUAGAUUUAUUUAUCCAUGAUGCUGUAUUCUGCACCUUCUGGAGUCUCUGAAUUUGGUUUUGAGGUAAACCACACAAACAACUGUUACAGUAAUCUUACCCUGACUUGACUAGAGUUAUUUCUACAGCAUUGGCUUUUCUCUUAUUGAGUUGAGGACGCAGCUGACUCAUGGCGCGCAGACGACAAAAGUAUGCCCUGACCACAGAACUGAUAUGGGGAAUCAUUCUAAGUUUACUGUAAAAAUAAAAACCAAGGUUACUGACACUAGAGGAUAACGGAAUAUCAGAACCACCAACUUUUAUUGAUGCUAUGACAACUUUCCGAAGAUUGGCGCCAGAACCACAAAUACAUGCCUCAGUCUUAUCGUCAUCUAAUUUCAGUCUGUUUGAUGAAAUCCGUUCAUUCUCAACAAGACAGCAUUCCUUGACAACCUGAACAGCAACAGCACACUCCAAAGGAUUAGGGCGGAAAAACUUGUACAGUUCUGUGUCACCCGCAAACAAUUUGGGGGAAAUACCAUGACUUUCAAUAAUUUUGUUAAAUUAAAAACCGAGUUCGACGUCGUGUAAAAAACGCCACCCCUAAGCAGAUAGCUAUCAAGGGUACUCAGCUGACGCAGUGUAGCAGUUGAGUAGUGAAGAGGUGGCAUUUCUUUCAAGUUUAUUUCUCAGAAUAUCAAAACAACUUGAAACAGGCAGACAGUUUUGUUUGUCAGACAAUCGCUACACAGCGUCGCACAUAGUCCUGUCGAGAAAUUUACAAGCUGUUACCUCGGAGCUUCAACGCGGUGGUUUUUUUUAUGAGUGAAAUGAUUAAACACUGAAUAAACACUGUUACGGAAAGAAAACAAGGAAAACAGAAUAGGAAAACACAGACUAAGUCCACCGAUUCUUAGUUAUGUUCGAAAUAAAUUAUAUUCAUACGUCCAGGAGACUUUCAUAGACACAAAAUAUCCAACUAUCCAGGAAUGACAUUUAAGAGAAGUAUUCGGAAAAUGAGAAAACUGUGGAGAGAUGUCACUACUGCAUGUAAAGCCACUCGUCAAACAAGGACAAUUAGAUAUGAUUGAAGAGUUAGAAAUAACAUAUUACCACAGGGAAAAGACUAUUGGGGAUACUUAGGGAGUAAGACAGACAAAUAUUAGCGGUAUGCGAGGACAAAUGAGGAUACGUUGGGAGUAACAAAAACACAAAUUCCUGAAAAGUCAAGGACAAAUAAGGAUUCUUUGGGAGCAACAAAGUCAAGACAAAGAAGGAUUCUUUGGGAACAACAGAGUCACAUAGUAAUGGAAGUCAAGACAAAUAAGGAUUCUUUGGGAACAACAAAUUCACAUAGUAAUGGAAGUCAAGACAAAUAAGGAUUCUUUGGGAACAACAAAGUCACAUAGUAAUGGAAGUAAUAAUGGGAGAGACAGCAAUCAGGUUAGUACAAAAUAAAAUGAGUAAAACAGAGUAGGGUUAAACCUGAAAAAGUAAACGCAACAAAACAGCGAACGUGUCGGCAGAAAGCCUUCGUUAUUGCUGCCCAAUGAUACUACUUACCAGCUAAGUGCUAUUUCUUAUUUUUAUACCGUUUUUUCUGUUGUUUUGUUCGCUGACGAAGGCUUUCUGCCGACACGUUCGCUGUUUUGUUGCGUUUAUUUUUUCAGUUUUAACCCUACUCUGUUUUACUCAUUUUAUUUAGUAGUGGAAGUCAAGGACAAAUAAGGAUACUUUGGGAGCAACAAAGACACAUAGUAAUGGAAGUCAAGGACAAACGGGGAUACUUUUGCUGUUUAAAAAAAAAAACAACAAGAUAUUAUUGACAAGCAAGGACAUAAUUUGAAUACAUCGGUAGUAGGAAAGACAGAUAUUAAAGAUAUGCAAGGAAGAUUGUACGGGAAAGGGAAUUAAAAUACCGUAUGACACUUUUAAUGUUAAGGUCAAAUUGCAUGAGGGGUCGUCCAAUAUAAACUAACGAUAAAGGUACUUCAGAUUUAAAUAAAUGCUUCAACAUCAAUCAUCAAUCUUUAUAUGUCUUUAGAUUGAGGAAUCCGUUUUAAAUCUGAAAGGAACCACUUGUAAAGACGCGAACACAGUUAAGAUCGACUCUUGUGCUUGCACGUCCAUGGAUGCAAAAUACGUCCGGGUCUUGUGUAACUUUACGGCAAAAACUAUUUACAGCGAAUCUUAUAUCUGUUUGUACUAUGGCUGGAGCGGCAUGAGGCUCAGUCAGAAUUUUCGAUUGCCUCGAAUAUACGGUAAGUCAUGUGUUUAAUAAGUUCCUUUUAGAAUAACUUACAUCUGCUUACACUGGAGAGAAAACAGUCAACACCAAUUACAAACUAAUGUUUCAUGAAAGCAAUCUUUUUACUUUUAUCUUUCUUUUCGUUUUCAUUUGAUUUGAUUUUUAUGUCAGGUCACUGACUACAUUUAAAAAAGAUGGCAUAUAAGUAUCAGAUUUUGUACAUUUCAAUUAUAAAUAACAAAUAUGUUUGCAUUAUAAGUCAAUAUAAAUCAACCCAAGCCUACUACUCCCUACCCCGUAUUGAAACACAAUUAUAAUUUUGUAGUUAAUGAAAUACGUUAUCAGAGUACAUCCAGCCGUCUAAUUGACAAGAAGCGUAGGGGAAAAUUCAUAGUUUAAUUUUUUUCAACAACUUUAAGAUAACAAAGUUUAGAAAUGGUCACCAUGUGUCAGGCCCGGAGUCUCGUGGCGUACAUACAUAUGGCAUCCUUCCUUCCUCGAUAGACUAUGGAGAAGCUUUGGACACUUAAACAAAUGGCUUAUAAGGCCGAUCCUGGAAUGCCAGAUUCGUCUACAUUUCUCGCAGGAGAAGCUCGACUCCUGGUUAGAUUUGGCCUUCCGUAAACGUAUUUUUUUUUUUGGUGCAAAGGCUUUGUUUCGCGCACCAUCUGCCCUUUUGAAUCCUUCAUACCCUAAUCUUCUCCAGCUGGAACGGUGCUCAACGAUUAUCUUCCAUAAACUGAAUUCUAUGAUGUAUUCCCUCAUGCGCCUUUUGUGAAACCGCGGCUGUCCAUUAAGUUCUGUCCUUUCUGUCAACACUUCAUAAGCAGAGCCUUUAGUAUAUGGCAUUUGUUCAUUCUCCUAAAAUGUCCCAAACCCUAGUUAAACAAUCCAUGAUUCUUGGAAAGUUGAAAAGACUGUAGGAUUUCCUUCAACCGUACUUAUAUCAUCGAAUUAUGUUGCUCCUCUAAAUAUUGAGAAGGGAAACUGGGAGAACCAUUUUUUCUGUAUCCACGGGACUUACGGUAAACAUUCUGACAAUUGCAGUUUCAUGUCCUAUAAGACGUGAUUCUUAUUUUGAAUAUUUGUCAUCCCAGAUAUUUCCGUACAUAAACGCUCUCGUGCAUUAGGUCUUCAUGAUUAAUUUCAAACAAGACAGAUGCUUCGACCUCUUGGAUUUUUUGCUGUGUAGCUUCUGGUUACUUGCCUGUUACAUACAUACAUUGGUCAGGGAUCGAGAUGAUUACAACACUAUAAUCCAUAAAAAAAUAUUAUAAAAUGUAUUUAACUAAAACAAACGAAAUCGGUGACUUACAGGUCAGUGGGAAAAUUUGUUGAUUUUCUCACGACAGGAAUUCGGAAGUAGGCGCGAUGUGUUUUUUUUUGUGUUCCCCGUGUUUGGUGAGAUGAGAAAGAAUGAACUCCUGUCUAACGUAAAUUAUAGACAUUUAUUUAUUUAUUUAGGUAUUUUUAUAGCGCUUACCUUACAGCUCUAUGCGCUUUACAAUUAUUAACAAUAUGUAAACUAUUUAAACUGCUAAAGUAAAUAAAAAUGAAAAACCAGAGACACUAGAAUAGUAACUACAAUGUGAAAAAUGACCAUUAAAACAGUAGCUUAAACAUUAGAAUGGCUAUAAAAACGAGUACACUUUGGCACGUUUUGGUCUAUACUACAGGAUCAACCCAAGACAGAAAAUGAGGCAGGGCAAGGAGGGUGCAUCACAGGUCAUAGGUGGACCUAAACAGAUGGGUUUUAAGGGACAUUUCGAAGUGGACGAGGUUUCUCAAUGACGGAUAUGGAAGGGGAGCUGGUUCCAGGACGUGGGCCCAUGGAAAUAGAAGGAGCGUUCACCGAUGGUCUUAGUUUUGGUUCUUGGGAUUGAGAGGGUUCUAUUGUCAAUGGAAGAACGUAGUUGUCUUGUGGGAUGUAAGGAAGCAACAGUUCAGAGAGAUAGACAGGAAAGUGAGGGUCAGUGAACGAGUUGAAGCAUAGAUUGGCAGACUUGUACUUGAUGCGAGAGGAAAUUGGAAGCCAGUGGAGGUGAAGAGAGUGGGGGGAGGGGGAAUUUGACAUUGGCCGACUAUAAAAGCCAAUGAGUUAAAAGCAGUCUGUGUUUGCUAAAUCACGGCAUUUAAAUUUGAGAGUCCAGCCCAUUUCUUCCUACAAUGGAAUUAAAGACGUUUCUUUACUUAUAAUUAUAUUGCAUAUUUCAGCGACUCCCGUGUGCAUUGGACCUUCUAUUAAUCGAGGUAAUAAAAUAGUAUUGUUCUCUAAUUGUAACUAACUCUGAAAUAUUUGUUUAAAAUUUGUUUAAGUCUUAUGUGUUGAGUAAAGUUUAUAAAAGAUGGCAACUAAGUUUGAAUUAAGGAACCAACGGAAAAAACCCUUUGUCUCAAUAAUGUUUUUUAUUCAAGUUUGAAUGUUUGUAAAUAGUUAUUAUUAUUCUUAUUACAGUGGUUUUAUGUAGCGCGGUACACCAGCCUAGGGUAUACAACAAUAUAAUUGUAAAAUGGAUACAAUCUUAUUUGUUUGUUUUUUGAGUAUUUUUUUCUUCCUUUUACAGCAGUCAAGAGCCACCCUGGAAGCUUCUCUGUUUUACUUGGUAUGUGUUAGAGUAUUAAUUUUUAAUGUUAUUCUACACAGGAUUUUAGUGUUCCAAAUAGAGACCGUGUAUAUUUUGUGUAAAGAUUGUUGAAUAACCGAAAACUCCCACGGGUAGUAUGUGUUAACACAGUUGAUCGAAUGGAAUCAUCAUUUUUUUUUACCUUAUCAACAUGUCAAGUUUUAUAUUACAUAUAUAUCCAUACCUCAAAAUUAAAAAAAAAAAAGUCAGCUAAUAGAUGUAAAAACAAGUUACAAUUAUUUUUAACGGCAUCAGAUUUUUUUCAAAUUUUACUGCUUUUUAAACGUUUCAUUUAGGCUACUGAAUGUUCAACGUAAAUCUAAACAAUUUUAAUACAAACCGGCCCUAUAAUAAUAAUAAUAAUAAAGUUCAUUUGAAAAUCACGCUUCAUCCUUAAAGGAUCGAAGCGCGGUUCAAAAUGAACCAUAUUAGAAGAGAAAUGAAACAAUCUAUAUUUUACCACAUUGAAAUACAAAACAUUAAAAAAAUAAUAUACGAGAAUAAACAUUCAAAGUCUUUCAUCCCUUGCAACCACAAACAACAUAAGCCAAUAUAGAUCUAGGAGGUAAUAGCAAGCUGAAAAAGAUGGUAGACAACAUAACUCCAGCAGGUGAUGGCGAAAUAGAUGUGUUUUCAAAUCGGUUUUAAAGGACUCCAGUGUCUGACUGUUUCUGAGAGCGACAGGAAAGAUGUUCUAAUUGUUGGACCAGCAAAUGCGAAAGUGCGCUUUCAUAAGUCUCAAGGCGAACACGUGGUAUCGAGAGUUUGCCACUAUCGUAUGAGUGGAGUUGUCUAGUGGGUACUUAAGGCGUCAUGAGAGCUUUGAGAUAGGACGGCGCCAGGUCAUGCAAGCAGCGGUAGCACAGAGAUGCAAUUUUGUGCUCUAUGCGAGCUUGGACCGGCAGCCAAUGCAGUUGUCUCAGAAGUGUUUUAGUAUGGUCUAUUUUGCGUUUGCGAAGAACAAUGUGAGGAUACGAACCCAGCAGGAUACAGGACCACCUGCACACACAUACAUCAGCGUGCAGGCACGGCAGUAUAUCGCAAAACCCGCUCAAUCGGGAUUCAGUACAGCAUCUCCCACAUGUAACGAACCCGGUUCUACCCGAAGGUUCGAAGCCAUCGUUCCGUCUAGGGGUUAAUUAUACCCACUCCACAAACCAUUGAUUUUUAAUAUUAAAAUACAGUAUCUUUACUAACUAGAUCUCAACUGCCAUUAUUCACAAGACAGACUCAAUAAAAAAUAAUACGUCAUAUCCCCUUUCGCACAAUACGUCACAAAAUAUCAAACAUUUAAUAAGAACAUCUAACCAAAUAUUCUCAAGCCAACAAGCAAUCACAAUUUACAUUCAAGUCCUGAAAAGUAUGAUUAUGAUAUGAAUAAUUUGGCGUAGUUCUAGAAAAAUAAUGUGAAUGUAGAUUAUUACUAGUAACGCACUGUGCGAUGAAACAGCAAAACAUCAUGAAAAAUGUCAUUUACAUUUUGACUGAAAAUUUUAACCGCAAAUACAGAAUUUAAAAUUCUCCCUUCAUACGUCAUCAGAAGAUUAUCAUUUUUAACACCCAAUUUACUUCUUCUUUAGAACGUGGAAAAACUACAUCAACAAUUUUAAAAACAAAUCUAGUUCUCAUCCAAUCAUACUCUUAGAUUUUAUCCGUUUGGAAGUGAAUGUGAAUUUUAUCUUAGAAUAUGUCAUUUGGUCCACAUUUGACAGCUACUGUCACAUUAAAGCUUGCUUUCCGCAUUUUUUGGAAUAACUUUCAAAAUUUUCUUCUAUCAGUUUCCUUAUUUAGUCCCCCAAAACCGUAGCACAAAUCUGAUCUUCUGCAGUUACUUACCUAUCAAUGCCUUUUACCCCCCUCUGGGGGCAUAGGCCGUCUACAAGACUAUUUUCCAGUCAUCUUGGUCCUGUGAUUUCCUUUCCCGUUGCUUCCAGGUGUAUUCCAUACGUUGUGUUUCUGCCUCUAACUCUGGUCUCCAUCUAUUCUUAGGCCUUCCCCUCGCUCCAUUUCCCUGUGGAUUCAAUGUACGGAAAUCUCUGGUGAUGUUAUCUAGGGGUUUACGAAGCGUGAGCCUUUUCCACCUGCAUUUUUCUUUACCAUGUUCUGCAUUAAGUUAUUGAUAUUUCCCCUCUAGUAAGUCUUUGUGGGUGAAAGUGUUUGUCCAUUUCUUGUUCAGAAUCUUUCUAAUGCAAGUGUUUAUGGAGGUCUAUAUUUCCUUCUUGAUGCGCGCUGUUGUUCUCCACGUUUCGACUCCAUAGAGUAGAAAUGUUAUCACUAUUAUUUGAAACUGUCUCCUGGUAGGGCCUAUAUAGGAAAUAUUCGAUAAUUACAGGAUUUAGAGAUGGAGGAAGAUUAGAAUCUAUAGCUAUGGCUGUUAGUAGGCGUAAAGUAGUCGUGUUGAGUAGGCUGUCUUUGUGAAGGGUAACGGUAAUGUCAAAAACGUUGUCUGAAGUCUCAGAGAAAAGAGAUGUGAAUUUAAUUGAGGGGUGAAAGGAGCCUAAAAAUUAAUGAAAAGGUCAAGUUCACUCAUCUCUAUAGUGUGACCUCAAUACCUUCAUCAAAAUGUAUGUAUCUGUAUCUGUAUGGCAUCUUUCCAUCUGCGGGAGACGAUAGAUUAUCUUUAUUGCUUGCAGCUCUUGGUGUGGCUGGUGAGACCAAUCCUCGAAUGGCAGUCUCUGUUACAUUUCCCAUAAACGAAUGGGGUGGAGCAGUAUUUACCGGCCUUCCUCCUCGCUCUUUUUGCAGCUGUUUCCGCUCUGUUUUGAUCCUCGGCAUGUAGUGAUCCUGCCUUCACGAUGUCCCACCAUGAGGAUCGAUCCUCUGCCAACUCCUCCCAGUUUGAGAUGUCGAUGUUGGCCGACUUCAUGUCUCUUUUGUAUAUGUCUAAGUAUCUCAGACGAGGCCGUCCAACUGACCUUUUCCCUGUCGCCAGCUCACUGUAUAGCACGUCCUUUGGUAUGCGACCGGGUUGCAUUCGCUUGACUUGUCCAAGCCAGCGGAGGCGUCUUUGGAUUAACAUGGCUUGGACGCUACACAUGUUUGUUUGGGACAGGACAUCCGUGUUGGGGAUUUAAUGUCAAGGAUGUGGCGCAGGCAUCUGAGGUGGAAGCCAUUGAGCCUUCUUUCGUGUUUAGAGUAUGUGGUCCACGACUCGCAUCCAUACAGGAGUGUGCUCAGUACGCAGGCCUGGUACACCUGCAGCUUAGUUCUUGUUGUGAGUUUGGCGUUUGACCAGACUCCUUUCUUCAGUCCAGCCAUAACAGUUGUGGCCUUGCCUAUCCUCCCACUUAUCUCAUCCUCCAUUGAGAGGGUGCUCGAUAUGUUGGAUCCCAGAUAUGUGAAUCUGUCAACAGUAUCCAAGUCGUAGUCGUUUCAUCAAAAUACCACUUAUAGAAUUCAGGGAGGCGUUCGGUGUAGUUGCUUUCGGCCAUGUGUUCGAAAUGCUCCACGAACAAGAUUUUGUAGCUGGGUCCUUUUUUAGUUCCAUAGCGACAUCACUGAUUUGGACAAAGAAACGGCCACCAAAAUCGAAAGAAUUGAAGUUGAGAGACAUUUCAGCCAAUCAGAGGAGGAUAAAGAUGGAUUAGAUUUAGCCUCGAGAAAGACUUUCAGAGAAAAGAGACUGGGAUUCUGGGGGAUGAAAGUGUAUAGAGAACACACAUCAAACAUAAAAUGAUGAUGUUUUUUUCAGGAGGGACGAGGAUAGAUCGGACAAUUUGUAAAACAUGGUUGGUGUCUUUAAUGCAAGCGGGCAAUAAAGCUACGAUGGAUUGAAAAACUCCAUGAUGGAAUUUUGAGAUAGGCUUUUUUAAGCAAGAGCAUGCUGAGACACCAACUCAAUUGUACCACUUCCUGUCUUGGACCAUGGUCUUCACGUUCUAUUAAAGUCUCGUGUGCCAUCCGCUUCAUCAUGAAAGCGACUCGUUGUUUUUGUUGAGCAUUUUCCUCCUCAUUGCCUGACCAGUGUUUCUCCCAAUGCCAAAUUUAACUGUCCAGCUUGUGUCCAUCUUGUUUCACAGAAACUGAAGAGUGUGAGUUUGUAUGUUCUUAUAUCAGCCGCCACGUGUGCUGAUUUUCUUACAUUCUCCGAGGCAAUGUUUAUUGCAUUUGAAAGGAGGAUCCUCGACCUCCAGGAUAAUCUGACCUUUAUAACUCUUCUUUGGGAAGAAGAGCCUUAUCUUCUCGGAGCUGAACUUGUUUUUGGUUUUUUUAUUCUUGUUCACAUAUCUGUAUCAGUUUAUUUUUUACAUGUGAAGUAGUCAACCUCCUCAUUUUGCACUUGGGCUUGGGAAAAGCCAUGGCUGAGUAAUACCCCUGUUUCCCCCCAAUCCCAUAGAGCAAAUUUGAUCUAUCACAGUUACUGUUAUAUAAUCCUUAUAAAAUAUUGUGCUGCUUUAAAUAUUUUUUUUUUUUUUAAAUUGUUCAAAUAUAUCAGCAUGAAAUUCCAAUUUAUUGCACAAAAUGUGUGUAUCAAAGUAUAUCAUGAUAUUAAUUUUCAGUAUUUUCCUUUAUAUCAUAAUAUGUGAAAGAAAUUUCUCUAAAUUCGUUUACAACUUCGUCAGGGCCAACAAUUUUGUCUGUGUAGUAUCAGACUUUUUAACUAUGACGCCAUCUCCUGACCAAUAUUUUAAAAUACAUUGUUGAAGGGAUCUACUUUUAACAAAGUGUACCAAUUACACUACUUUGAACACCCCACUUUUAAUAAUUGAUGUCCCGCAGUUUUUACAUUCUUAAAACACGUGAAUGCUGGUAUGGCUUAUUUUCUUUUGACACACCUUACCCUGCAGGUGACACAUCUACAUCCAGCAAGUGAUACACCUACACCCUGCAGGUGACUUACAGUUUGGAAAGCACUGCCAUAAAUUAAUAAUGUCAAAGGUCGUGACUUGGUAUCCGUGUAUUUCUGAUGUAAAUCGUAUUGAUCAGAGAAUAGCCAGUGCUUCCCCCCCCCUAAUUUACUUUAUCAGAGUAGUCCACAAGAUAUUGCAUCAUUUGCAUACGUACAUGGACAGUCAUGUCAAGUAGUGACCACGAUAUUAAAUGAUCUAUGGACGUACACUAAUAUUUUUUCCCUCUAUCCCAAAGGUACCACCCUGUUAGGCACAGCUGUCGUUUGCCUAGCAUCAUCAAUUUGUUCCCAACUGUAAUGUACAUCAGGCGCCUGUCAAUCAAAAAACCCUACGAUGAAAGUAGCGAUGGACGGAACACUUACUGCACUUAGGAUUUAUUAUAUCUGUGCAAGGAUGAAGUCCAUCGGGUUUUACAACAGGUGUUAAAUGAUAUGCAUUACAUGAGAAACGUGAGCAAUGGAACAUUUUGAAGUGUCUGAUGAAGACUUGGAUGACGAAAUUCAUGAACGUCCUUCCCAUAUGGCAAAAGGCAAUAACUAAAACUUAUCUUAACAAAUAACCCACGCAACAUAACAUAUUACAACUUAGCCCCAGUGCUAUAUGCCCUGCACCAAAAAAGACACAAUAAACAAUGUAGC